GAUCAGAGCCAGAGGCAAAACCCACACACACACUUUGAAUAGUAUAGAACCAAGGACAGAUAGGGAAGGAAAAACAGGAGAAGGAAAAGUAGAGGAGAAAAAUGGCGAAUAUGAGAUUGGCAAUGGACUCUGCUUUCUGGGACACCAACAUUUCCAGUCCACAAGCCCUUGAUGGAACGGUCCGUCUAGUGCCUGGUGAGCCCUUUCCGCUCGAUGGUUCCAGAGCCAGCCGAGCAAUUCGAGCUCAGCAGCUCUCCCUCUUGGGAAAUGGUUUUCCACUUGGUAUCAUCCCUUCUUAUUCUCCAACUUCUCAGAAAGAGCUCGGGUCCUUCUCUCUUCAGAAAAUGCUGCUCAGACCCGUCACUUCGAACUGGUGGCUUGGAUUAAUUGGGCAAUUUCGUCCGAAGAAACUGUUCUCUUCCAUUAAAGCAGAAGUGGUGGGUGCUGAAGAGCUGGAACUGUCUACAUUUAAAGAUAUAGCCAAGCAUUUCUUGGACAAGUCACUCUAUGCAAUUGGUUUGUGCUCACAGCUUUCUCUUGCCCCAGAGACAUCCUUACUUUUAAGCACAGAAAAACAUGGUGAGAGAAAGAGACGCUGCUAUAAAGCAAUGCUUUUUCACAAGCUUCCUCAUCAUGAUGUUACUAUGGAAGCAGCAUGGCCUGAGCUCUUCAUCGACCGGAAUGGAGGAUACUGGGAUGUACCUGAAUCAAUCUCCUUAGAUUUGUCAUCCCUUGUCUCUGAAUCUGGUUUGAGGUACCGUUUCAGUAUACACAAAAAUAGUGGCCAUCCCCAGGCUGUCAACGGCACAAUUGGUGACCCUCCUGUAGCUCUAAUGCCUGGAUUAUGUGCAAAAGCUGCCUUUUCAUAUGAAAAGAGCAAGGAUAUCUGGAGAAAAAAGGAGACAAAAAAGGAUAUGAUGGUAAAGACAGACAAGGGUUUCUUUUAUCGGCCAUCAUAUGAUGUACGUCUGAGAGAACCUCAUGCAGCAAUAUCUGGAAUUAUUGGUUGUACUUGUGCUGCAUGGUUUUGGAGCUCAGAGGCAGUUGAUUCAAGGACUCAGUCAAGAGAUGGAGGGGCCAUUACUUUGAGCUACAAAAAAAGAAAUCCACUUAAUGCAGAUCUGUUUGGUUCUAUUUGCUAUACGUUUCAACAUGGGAAGUUCAGGAAACUAUUUGGUGACCUGACAAGGGUAGAUACCCGCCUUGACAUUUGUUCAGGAUCAGCAUUUGCUAGAAAGGCUGUUGAUGCAGCUGCCAACAUCUUAAGGAAUUCUCCAGUUAAACGGGAGUUGGAUCCACUUGCUUUGCCAAGGCUUAAUUUAAUCUUCCAACAGCAGGUUGCAGGUCCAAUAGUCUUUCGGGUAGAUUCAAAGUUUUUGCUGGAUUCCUCAUCCAUUAAACAUGGCCCAUUUAUAGAGGACAUCAGGUACAGCUUGAAUUACUCUCUGAGGCUUCUACGUUCUGGUAAAGUUGUAGCUUGGUAUUCUCCGAAGAGGAAAGAAGGAAUGAUUGAGUUACAACUUUUUGAAUUCUAACACUCAUUUUGAGAAUUUCUAAGGGGAGCAAAGGAGCAAAUCCAGACGCAAUUUUUCUUUUUCUGUUUUCUCCUUUUCUCUUUCUGUU